AUGACACAAUUUUGUAAUAUUUGCUGUUUCAUAUUUAUUCUUAUAAACAUUGUAUUUCAAAUUUCACCUUCACAUGCUGAUAAUGCAGUACCUGUAUUGCUAUGGGGUGGGUCAAUUAAUUCUGAUUUAACAAGUGCAGUGAAUCCUUUUUUAAAGAGUACCAGCGAGGAAUUUGAUAUUUUCCUGCGUAAAACAUUAGAAAAUUCACCUCCAGUUCUUCUUUAUAUAAAAGAUAAUUUCUGUAUUGAGGAUUUAGUGAAACACAAACAGCAUCUUCAAAAAGUCAUUAGUAGCGAUUCUCUACGUUAUUUUCCUGCUGUUGAAAAAGCAGUGAAUACCGUUGAAGACUUACCUUCAUAUAAUCAAACCUAUAAUGAUUAUGUCGAUUUUAUAUCUGAUGGGCAAUUAUUGAUUGUGCCAAUUAGUAAUUUAGAUGUUAUUCCUGAGACGUACAAGACAAUAAAGGAUUCUAGCCCUAAUUUGAUAGCUAUACUUACAGGAAAAGCCUGUAGUUAUAGACGUUCUGAGCGAAUAAAAAGGGACACUAAUGAACCUUUUCUUGUUGCAUCAAACAGAGUGUUAUUCUAUGCUAGUAAACCAUUAUCACUGAAGCUUGAAGAAGACAAAGAUGAAAUAGAAUUUUCAUCUAACCCCACAGUUUCAGAUAAAUCAGGUAAAACAGAAUCUUCAUCUACCUUGGUCAUGAAGUUUAGUACACCUAAUUUACCUACAUAUACAUUUGAAUUUAUGUUUGAAGUUAAAACUCCAGGAUAUUAUACACUUAAAACAGUUAAUUAUCAAUCUUCUGAUGCAACUUUUGUCAAUGAUCAAAGUUUAACAACAAAUACAGAUAUUGUUUUUCCAUUUAAUUUCUCUUAUCAUUGUUCACAAAGUAUUACAUUUAACAAUAGUUCUACAAUCUUAAAUAUAACAAAUUUACAAGUACAACUUGAUCCAACAAAAAAUAACAAUGUAAAAGUAUUUGAUGAUGCAUAUGAUUGUAUCGGUUUUACUACAAUUCCAAUUUGGGCAGGUAUAUUUGUUACUGCCAUAUUAGCUUUAAUUAUGAUUUGGGCUCUUACCAUGAUUAUAGAUAUACGUACAAUGGAUAGAUUUGAUGAUCCCAAAGGAAAAACAAUUACUAUUUCAGCUCAAGAAUAA